GUUCGGGGCUUUACAUAGUUAUGACCCGUUAUGAAUCAUAGAUAAUUUUACUUUUGCAAUAUUUGUAUAGUUUAAUAAAACAAAAACAUCAAUUUUUAAACAAAAUUUAGUAUAUUUAAUUAAAUUACUACAAAAAUGUUUAGUUGGUUUGAUUCAAAACCUGAUCCCAAAGAAGAACAACGCAAAAUAGAUAGGGAAUUAAGAAAAGUUGAAAGGGAUAUGGAAAGGGAUCGAAGAAAAUUGGAAUUUGAAGAGAAAAAAUUGGAACAAGAGAUAAAGAAGGCAGCAAAAGAGGGCAACAACGAUGCCUGCAAGUCAUUAGCACUACAGUUAGUUCAAUUACGUAAGCAAAAAACAAGAUCUUAUGCAGCAUCAGGAAAAAUUAAAAGUGUUGGCUACCAAAAUAAAGCAAUGGGCGCUAAUUUAAAAUUGGCUGGGGCUAUGAAUGUUGCUGGCAAAACCAUGUCUGAUAUGAACAAGAUAAUGAAACCUGAGCAAAUUGCAGCAAACGUGAAUGCAUUCUCUAGAGAAGCAAUGAAAAUGGAUAUGACCGAAGAAAUGAUUAAUGAUACUUUAGAUGAUAUACUGGAUGAUUCAGAUGAUGAAAAAGAAAGUGCAAACAUUAUCAACAGUGUUUUAGAUGAAAUUGGUAUAGAAAUAAGUGGAAAGAUGCGUCAAGCACCAGAACCUUCUUCUGAUAGAAUUGGGGGCACAUCUAAAGAUAAGAGCCGUGAUAUCUCUGAUGAAGAAUUGAUGGCCCAACUUGCAAAGCUUAGGGGUUGAAUUCAUUUUCAGUACACUUGUUAGUACAUCAUUCCUUGUUCAGGCAAUAUUUACCAAUUUUUUAAAAGAACUAUGCCCUGCUUUUAGAUUAAAUAUUCCUCAAAUUAUGUAGUAUACACACACAGAAAAUGAGUAUUAAAAGUAUUAUUAUCUGUA